AGAAAUUGUGGAACUAUUCCCACUCUACCAAAUUGCCUAACCCUUAUCAUAUUUCCCUCCUAUUCAUGCACCCUUUUCUCUUCUUCUUUAAUAGGUGUACAACAUAUAAAGGCUGAAUAGCACUUGUUUCUCAACUCCAAUCAUACACUCUCCCUGCAUUUGUACCUUCUGUUCUGAACUUCCAGAGCAGAGCUAACCAUUGUAAUUUUUCUCUCACAGAGAUGGUUUUAGUAACCAGCAGUGGAGAUAAAGUUGCUAUGCAGCAUGAGACAGCAGUAGAUUUUCAUGGAAAUCCGGUGGACAAGUCGAAAACUGGAGGAUGGCUUGCUGCAGGACUAAUUUUGGGGACUGAGCUCUCAGAGAGGAUAUGUGUGAUGGGCAUAUCAAUGAACCUAGUGACAUACUUAGUUGGAGAUCUGCAUAUUUCAUCUGCAAAAUCUGCAACCAUUGUCACCAACUUCAUGGGUACUCUCAACCUUCUUGGUCUCCUUGGUGGUUUCUUGGCAGAUGCUAAAUUUGGUCGGUAUUUGACAGUUGCAAUUUUUGCAUCUAUAACGGCCGUGGGGGUGAUUAUGUUAACAUCGGCUACAACCAUCUCUAGCAUGAGACCUCCACCAUGUGAUGACUAUAGGAGACAGCAUCAUCAGUGUAUCGAAGCCAAUGGGCAGCAAUUGGCGUUGCUAUACGCAGCGCUCUAUACUAUAGCACUUGGCGGUGGUGGAAUCAAGUCGAAUGUAUCAGGUUUUGGAUCGGACCAAUUCGAUGCAACAGACCCCAAGGAAGAGAAGGCUAUGAUCUUUUUCUUCAACAGAUUCUAUUUCUGCAUUAGUAUUGGGUCAUUGUUUGCUGUAAUAGUGCUAGUAUACGUACAAGAUAAUGUAGGAAGAGGGUGGGGAUAUGGGAUUUCGGCAGGGACAAUGGCAAUUGCAGUAGCUAUAUUGCUUUGUGGAACACCAUGGUACAGAUUCAAGAAGCCUCAAGGGAGUCCUUUAACAGUGAUAUGGAGGGUUUUCUUCUUGGCUUGGAAGAAGCGGGGCCAUCCCCAUCCUUCUCAUCCCAGCUUUUUGAAUGAUUACCAAAACUCCCGGGUCCUCCACACAGAGAAGUUCAAAUGUAUCGACAAGGCUGCAAUUAUGGAUGGUGACGCCUCUGCUGAUGGAAACAAGAACAACCCUUGGAUAGUAUCCACAGUAAUGGAGGUUGAAGAAGUGAAGAUGUUACUCAAGCUCAUCCCUAUUUGGUCUACAUGUAUCCUCUUUUGGACAGCCUACUCUCAAAUGACAACUUUCACCAUUGAGCAAGCAACCUUCAUGGACCGAAAGGUUGGCUCUUUUACAAUUCCAGCAGGUUCAAUGUCUACUUUUCUCUUCAUCACCAUUCUCCUCUUUACAUCCCUCAACGAAAGGCUUUUCGUCCCGAUGGCUCGAAAGCUCACCAACAAUUCCCAAGGAUUCACAAGCCUUCAGAGAAUUGGUAUCGGACUCAUCUUUUCAGUAGUUGCCAUGGUUGCUGCUGCUCUUAUAGAGAAGGAAAGGAGGGAAUUCGCUGUCCAAUAUGGUACUCAAAUAAGUGCUUUCUGGCUAGUCCCGCAGUACUUCCUAGUGGGUGCAGGGGAAGCUUUUGCUUAUGUUGGACAGCUUGAGUUUUUCAUCAGAGAAGCACCCGAGAGGAUGAAAUCAAUGAGCACAGGGCUUUUCCUAAGCACACUCUCAAUGGGUUUCUUUGUUAGCAGCUUGUUAGUGUCUAUAGUUGACAAAGUGACUAAGAAGAUAUGGCUUAGGAGCAACCUGAACAAGGGAGAGUUGGACAACUUCUAUUGGCUGCUCGCAGCGCUAGGAUCGUUAAAUUUUUUUGCUUUUCUCGCAUUUGCAAUGAGACAUCAGUACAAAGUCCUGCAGUAUACUAAACCUUUCGACUCUGGUGAAAAGGAGUUGAAAACUCCAAAUGAUUUGAUGGUCAUAGAGAUGGAGAAGGAAGGACCCCCUGUAUAACGCUCUCCAGUCCCUUUUCUGUUCUGUCAGUCUUCACAUAUUCGUAUUUUCUUUCCAAACCAAUAGGAACAGAAAAUCUAUAGUUGUGUUUUCAUUUGUCACUUGCUGCUGGCAUUUCAUCAUUCAAUUUUCAGAAUCCUUGAAAUUAGGGACCCUUAAGAUAGAUACAAUGUUGUGCGAAGAUAAUUUAACAAUUUUAUAAAACUAUUCUCAGGCUUGCAUCAGUUGUAUGUUGUAUUUUUAGUAUCAAUUCUUAAUCAAAUCAUAGUUGUGAGA